AUGAGCCGCAUCGACAGCAACGAGGCCCGCGGUUGGCAGGGCUGCCCCUCGUCGACUUGCGAGGGCCUGACGCCAGAGGAAACAUGCGAGCUGUGGAGGUGCAUGCUGGAACUGCAGCAGCGGUACCGGUGCUACAACUCGACGAGGAUUCAUCUCGCGGCAGAUGCUGGCGAGGACGGCAUCCGUCUCAUGCGUAAGCCGUCACCUCGGACGCGUGUCGAGCCUCCCAAUAAUAGUCUGCCAUAUAUUGACGCGGAGCGGACCGGGCUUCCCGACGAGGGCUGGCGGAUGCUCCGUAAAUAUCUUCGACAGGAUGCGAGGCCGAAGCCGGGACGCAAGCUCUUCGGGAAGCAGCAGCGCAGCAACGAGGCCCUGGUAAGCCGGUAUGCGGCGAGCGAGGACCACACCGAAGUCGCCAUGAACCGACGGCCAAGUUGCGACAGCGACACACCGGCAGGCGCGUGGGAUCCCGUGCAUGUUGGGCGAUGA